UUAAGGUUUUACCCAUUAACCACACACUUUAAACCUAACUAAAAGCUUGCGAAAAAACAUAUGUUGUUAGUUAGUUGGUUAUGGUCUGCACCACUUGUGCAGACAGUCCAGCCCCGCAUCAGCCUGUCCCUCUCUAGGCAGCACGCCUAUCAAGCCCACCUCCUGGGACAGAGCCCCCACAGUUGGGGAACAGACCAGGGCUGGGCGGCCAAAAUCUGCGUUAUCUCUACAUACCAUGGUGCCAAACAGCGGUCUGUGGCUGCUCUUGUCUCACUGUCUCCAGCAGAGGAGGAAUGAGACAAAGAGGAGGAAAGGCAUAAAGCAGCCUCCUUGGCCAUGGCGUGCAUGCAAAUGCGUCCACCCCAAGGGGUGAAUUGUCUUGCGGCAUUAGGGAGAACCAGUGUCAGCAGCGUUGUUUUGACUGGCAAACAGGUCCACUUCUGCUCUCCUGAACUGGUUCCAAAUAUGCUGCACCACCUCAUGGUGCAGCAACAAAUCACCUGCCAGAAGGCUGCCUCUUGACAUCAGUUUGGUGCCCCUGUUCUCCAGACCCAGAAUGUGAAGGGAUCUCAGAGACAGGAGGUGUUCUGAAGCCCACAACAACAGGUUCUCUGCCAUCCUCAACAGGGCUGCUGAUCAGACUCUGCACUGCCUGUUGAUAGACUGUAUAUAAAGAGAUGUUUACCCUCACCAUCUCACUCCACUCUGGAACAGAGGACCCACCCCAGCAGAUCUAAGAAGCUCUCUGAGACACAGUUACCUACAAUGGCAUCUACGAUACAUGGCAACUACAUCACCAAUCUGGAUGUGUCCCUCAAUAAAACUGAGGAGCAAAAUCUCCAAAUAAAAGGCUACAUGAAAAUAGAUGUUGAUCUGAACAAAGGGGCAGGAGGAAAAAAAAUCUACAUUUGGUACAAAAAAGAAAGAGCUGUACCACCAAUCACCAGGCUUCAAGUCACAUUCAACAGUGACAUGGCUGUUGGAUUGAUCAACGCAGGGUACACACCGAUCAAUAAAAAUCUCAGUGCUGGAGCUGGAGGUGAUUACAUCUACCUUUGGUACUUCAGAGGGCAGACAAAGUACGAUACUCCCAUAGUGGACAUUGAGGUCACUACAGAUGCAGAGGAUGAAGGCCAAAAGUUUAGGUCUGGCUGGGAGAGACUGGCCUGUGAUCUGAACCGCUGCGUUUGUGGGAACUGGAUCUACGCCUGGGUGAAGAGAGAGAAACAAACAUACAUCUGUGAGGUCACUGCCACUGAUUCCUAUGGAUCAGACGCCGAUCUCUGUCAGGAUGGUUACAUCCGUCUGGAUAAAGAUACUAAUAGGGGUGCAGGAGGAGCCUUUGUCUUCAUCUGGUACCGUCAGACCACUGACCCCAAGCGUGCACUCAAGGCUCUGCAAAUCUCCAUCAAUGAUCAUCAGCGUCAGGAAGCUCAGCAGCAAAAUUACAAGCCAGUCAGUGUUGACCUCAACAAGGGGAACAACGGUGACCCAGUGUACCUGUGGUGGUUCAAGCAAGAUGGAUUCAAACCCAUUGAGGCUAUCACCAUACUUGUCAACCCAGCUGCUGUGGAGGUGUAUGAGAGGGCUGGUGCAAAUGUUAUCAAAAGAAAUCUCAGUGGAGGCAAAACUGAAUACCUGUGUUAUUAACAGUGAAGACCCGAGAAAGCCUCCAUGGUAGCAGAGCAGAUCAUUCUCAACACCCACUGAAGUGGGAAGUUUAAUAAUGAUUUUUCAUCUUUUUUCUUUUUGGUCACCUAUAAAACAAUCUUUCAUAUCACUGUCGUAUUACUGGUAAUAUAAGAAACUAUCAAUAGGUGAUUAUUUUUAUAGCUUAAUUUGCUGUCAAUCAAUUUAAAAUGGCAGGGUUUUUUCAGCAUUGAUUACAACAUUAAUGAAACCAUUAAAUGUUCUGUCACUUUAUCAUGAAAAAAAUGCUUUUCAAUAAAGACAACUUUGCAUCUGAAGUGUGUUUGUUUCAGUUUGAGUAUUUCUACAUGUUUGAUCAAAAUAAAAAUAUUCCCAUCACUCUUAUCAUGCUGAGUUUCCUCAAUCUGCCUGAAAAUUCCCCUCAGGUUG